AUGUGUAGCAAGACGCUCCAGAACGACGUCGGACGGGUGGCGACGGACACCAGCCACAUUCGGACCAAGACGGUGGAGCUGGCAAUGGAGGUGGCGGAGAUGCGGCGCGCCUUGGGAAGGGAGAAGCAGGCUCAUCAGGACGUGCUGUUGAUGCUUCAACAGCUACGCGAAAAGCAUGUUACCCUUAACAAGCAACUGGCGGCGGUACUCGCGAGUGCGGCUUCGGAACCGAAGGUGACGAUCGGCGGCGCCGGAAAGCCGGAGAAGGUUAUCACCUGCACCCUGUGCUCCGAAGAACACAAGGAGGAACUGUGCCAGAGAUUCCCGACGGCGACGGACCGGCUGCUCAAGGCCAUCGAGGCGGAGCUGUAUCUGAAAUGUGCCAGGCACCCAGCUCGAGUUAAGUGCCGCCACCAGAGGUUGAAGUGCCCAAGGUGUGGCUCGGAAGCCCACUUGCAGAUAAAGGUUAUUAAUAGCAAUGUGUUAUUGAUUCGAUUGAACUUGAAAGGGAACGACGAGGUCGUUGACGAACCGCAUAAGAAGGGGCUGACUCUCAUCGUUCAGACGGGGGGUGAAAAACUGACGAACGACAAUUGGAUGUUAAUCUUGAAACUCUGGGUGGAGCUGAGACCACCAUAA